GUAUGUGUGAUAGCAAACUUGUUUCCAUCAGUAAUUCGCUGGUUCAGUCGUGAUACCAACGAGUGUCGAUGAGAUAGUAGUGUAAGUUAUCACUGAUCAUCAAUAAAUACCCUAGAUAGAAGGGAGGGGGGAUGCGAGUGUCCGAUGAUCCGAAUUAUCAAAUAGCUCAGGACGACCUUGCUCCUAACUAAAUUUUAAAAAACCAGUACUGUCACAGUGCAUGACGAAUAUUUAUUAAACCACUGCCAUGAGGAAAAAAUUAUACCUUCCGUUAGUAUGAGAAUGGAAAUGAUAGAUGAGAACGUGCCAGACUGGAGAUAAUUACCAAUAAAAAUUAGUGAAAGAAGUUCAACGAGACACAUAAUCAUCAAUAGAUCAUCGAGGAAGCUAUGAACCUAUGUAAUGGUAAAUCCGCAGAUUCCAGAGCUGAGAAACAUCGAUGGUGAUGGUGUCUGGGAAGAGAAUAACAAUCCAAAGAAUGAUUCUGUGGAGUUACGCUACUCGAAUCUUAUCGAGAAUAAAAAUGAUUUCAAUGAUGAUUCUGAUAUUCGAAAAAUAAGUGAUACUGCAACCAGUGAAUCGCCCAUAGUUACCUAUGAGGAUGAUGGUAGCCAUGGUGUACCAUCUGCGCAGUGUAGUGACGUAGACGAUGACGUUGAUUGUGUGGAAACUGAUGAUCAUGAGGAGUCGGGCGGAUGGAUGACGAAUCUACCAAUAUCGAGUGUUGAACAUGAAACAAGCAGUGGACAAGUACUGCCGAGUCUCGAUAAAACAACAUUCGGUCAAGUUUGUAUUAGUAGUUCAAACCAUGUGAGAGUGGGUAAUACAACGCUCUACAAGGGGCCAGUUACAAUAAAACAAUUUGUUUAUACAAACUCUGGAUCACUGGACAACGGUGAGAAACAGAAUGGUAAUCGUGUGUCCGAUGCUAAUUCUAAUGACGAUAACAAUAUCACGAAUAGUACUACUCCCAUAUUUCCAGCUCCCAGAGAAUACGAGAAAGUGAUAAAAUGGAUGUGGACGUGGAGGUGUGCCGCCAUCCUGAGUGUUCUCGCACUCAUUCUUGUGACAGUAAUCGUUGUAGUGUCUGUAAUGAACACGAGACAAGAUGCAUUGUCACCACUGGAGCCGGCGAUCGAUCCUAACGACAUUUUGACAGAGGACGUUAGGAUUGUCCAACGGGUUGAAUGGGGUGCACAACCUCCAUCCAGCGCCCCAGUAGCACUGAAAUUUCUUCCUGCGCCAUACGUGAUAAUCAGUCAUACAGCAUCUACCAACUGCACAACUCAGGCGCAAUGUUCUCUGCGUGUGCGAGUUACGCAGACAAUGCAUAUCGAGGGGAAUGGCUGGGACGACAUAGGAUACAAUUUCCUGGUGGGUGGGGAUGGCUUGGCGUAUAAGGGUCGAGGAUGGGAUGUCGAAGGUGCACACACCUUCAAUUAUAAUAAAAAGAGUAUUGGCAUCAGCUGCAUUGGAACAUUCAACACUGUUACACCACCGAAAAGACAGCUGGUUGCUCUUCGCCGGUUAAUAGAGGCUGGCGUUAAGCAGGGAAAAAUUGCCGAUAAUUAUAAACUAAUGGGACACCGACAAUUCACUGAGACACUCAGUCCUGGAGAGAUGCUUUAUCGGAUAAUCACAACGUGGGACCACUGGUCGCCGAAGCCAUAGUUACGUUAAGUCUUCAGAAUUUCAAUAAAAAACUAAUAAACUCUUUUCAAAGUUUUGACUUUGAAUUCGGACUAACGUAGCUCUACCGUUACCAUAAAUUCAAAAAUUAUUGGAAAGUGAAAAAAAUAUCAGCAAACAGGAUGAUAUUCGAAAUUGUAAUUUUUAAAAUUAUUGACGAGUCAGACUCAAUUUGGUCUGAUAUGUGAUUAUGCUCGAGAGAGAAUUAUAGAUUUACCAAUUGUUAAUAAAAUCGUAACAAGAGAUAA